AUGCGUCUUCUCUCUCGUCGUCUGCGCUCUGCCGGCCUGGUGCUGGCAGCCGCUCUCGUACUCUUCGCCGUCGUCAGCACAACGCCCGUCACCCAUACGACCGCUUCGGACCACGAUGAACUCGAACGCACCGACAUCAACACCUUCCCGAGCUUCGAUCAGACUCAACAGUGUGUGGACCUGGCGCUAGCCCACAAUCUUCUGGACAAGGAAGACAUAAAAGAGAUCGCCGCGGUUGUCAGCGAGAAGCUUCAUAUUCCUGACACUGACCACUCUGAUCUCGACAAGAAGGAACUUGAAGGCAUUGUCAAUAAUCUCCACUUAGACGAUUUCAAGCACCCUAAGUUCGCCUUCUCUCCUGGCCUUAAGGACAAAGGAAAAGCUACCGUCAAUUUCUGUCGAAAACACUUAGACAUCUCGAGCAAGCCCAAGAAGAAGAAUAAAGGAAAGAAAGGCCUCGAAGCAAGACCCUUCGGUCAGCACGGCCAAAUUUCAGGCUCGAGAGAGGAAGACGAUGAGCCCGAAGACGAUGAGCCCGAAGACGAUGAGAUGCACGAGUCUCUCACAGGAGACGCGCCUCGUUACUCAGAGCAUCACACGCAAGGCCACGAUUCGGAUCACAGAGGUCUCCAAACGACACAUGCAGGACCCAACGAAUCCCAGAACGGCAAGUCCAAUGACGCUUGGUCGCCCACAUCCCCUCACCAAGCUGCUCCUUCCAACCUCGAAAAAAGGGGUCAACACGAUGAAAGUGACAGUCCGAACGGAGGACUGCACCUGCAACCGUACGAAAGGAAUCUGCAGAGAUGGAACGACGAUCGGUUCCGUCAAUGUGCGGCGCUUUCCUUACAGGAACAAAUUCUGGGCGAAGAAGAGGUUGACCAGAUCACCGCAAUCGUCAGCAACAAAAUCGCUGUGUCCCGCGAUCAAGUUUUGAAGAUGAACGAGAAAGAGCUUGAAGAGAUGAUCGAAGAUGACCGCCUGAAUUGGAAGGCGAGUGACUUCUCUGAACCUCUUACCGAGAAAAGCAAGGAAGCUCUCGAGCACUGCCAGAGCAAAUUCGACAAGGGGAGCACCUCGAAUGUGAAAAAGGGAAAGGGAGCGGAAGGGCGACAGCAACACCUUCCGCAAGGCCAGCGUUCGAAUUCGAGAGGAGAGGACGCUGAAUUAGGAGAUGAUCGACCGCGUCAUUCUUUCACAGAAGACCUGUCCCGACAUGCAACAUCCCACUCCCAUUCAAAUAGGUACGGGCAGGGCGACGACUCGGAUCAGGGUGCUCUUUCGUCCGGCUACGAGAAAAGGUCUCCACACGAUGAGAGCGACACGAGACAGACCUCCGCGCCUUCGGCAAGCGCCUCCUUGGAUUUGUCGGUCAUUGCAACUCCCGUCAUCCAUCCAGCCUCAGACCUCGACUACUUCAAAUACUCUGACAGCGGCACCCUUCCGUACGAGGGGAACCUGCAGCCAUACGAUAGGAACCCGCAGGAAUGGAACUACGAUCGGUUUCGUCAAUGUGCGGCGCUUUCCUUAAGGGAACAAAUUCUGGGCCAAGAAGAGGUAGAUCAGAUCACCGCAGUCUUCAGCGACAAACUCGGUGUGCCUCCCGAUCAAUUUCUGGCGAUGAACGAGAACGAGCUUGCAGAGAAAAUCAGAGAUGACCGCCUGGAUCGGAAGGAGUGUGAUUUCCCCGAACCUCUUGAUGAAAAAGUUACGACAGCUCUCAAGCGCUGUCAGAGCAAAUUCGAGGAGGGGAGCACCUCGAAAGUGAAAGAAAUCGAGGGCCCCGGAGGACGGCGGGGCGGUCCGCGUGACCAGCGUUCAAAUUCGAGAGGGGAGGAUGCUGAACCAGAAGAUGAUCAACCGCUUCAUUCUUUCACAAAAGACCCGUCCCGAGAUUCAUUAUCCCAUUUUUACUCAAACAAGUAUGAGCUGGGCGACGGGGUUUGGGAUCAGGAUGCUCCUUCUUCCAGCCACGAGAAAAGGUCUUUACACGAUGAGAGCACCACGAGGCAAACCUCGCCUUCGGCAGGCGCCUCCUUCGAUUUGUUGGCCAAUGCAGCUUCCGUCUCCCAAAGGUCGGCUUCAGACCUCGAUCACGUCGGACAUCCUUACAAUGGCGCUCUUGUUCGGCGAUCCGAUGAGGAAGAACGCCUACUCACGACUACUGCAUCAUUUAUCAUGUUAUUCUGCUUCCACUCAUUCGUUCUUGUAUGUAACCUUUUCGACCCCACCUGCACAUGUCCUUUUCCGAACGCAGGACUGCAGCCGCUCGAGAGGAUCCCGCAGCCGUACGAGAGGAUCCCGCAGGGCUGGAAAGACAGCUGGAUUGGCCAAUGCGCGGCGCUUUCCAUAAGGGAUCAUGUGCUGGGCGAAGAAGAUGCAAAGGGAUUCCUUGAGGUCGUCAGCAAGAAAGUCAAAAAGCCCGCCGAUCAACUCAUGGCGAUGGACGAGAAGACCUUUGCCAAGACGGUCAAGAAUGUCCGGCUGGAUGAGUGGAAGGCGACUGAUUUCCCCAAUCUUCUUACGAAGAAGAGCAAGGAAGCUGUCGAGCACUGUCAAAGCAAAUUCGAUAAGGGGAGCCCUUCGAAAGUGACAGGAGAAAAGAGGAGACGACGGCGGCGCACUCCGCAUGGCCGGCUUUCGAAUUCGAGAGGGGGGGAUGCUGAAGUAGACGAUGAUGGGCCGCAACAUUCUCUCGCAAAAGAUUCCUCUCCGGGUUCAACAGCCCACCUUGACUCAAGUCGGUACAGGCAGGGCGACGAGGAUUCGGACCAGGAUGGCCCUUCUUUCAGCCACCACGAGAAAAGGUCUGCACACGAUGAUCGCGACACGAGGCAAACCUCGCCUUCGGCAGGCGCCUCCUUCGAUUUGUUGGCCAACGCAGCCCCCGUCACUCGAACGUCAGCUUCAGAUCUCAAGCACUUCGAUCACUCUGACAGUGGCGCUCUUGUGCGGCGGCGACUCAAUGAUUUCGAACGCAUAAUCGUGAUUGUUGCAACAUUGGUCUUGUCAUUCUGCUAUCAUUCUCUCUUUUUUGUGUGUAACCGCUACAUGACCAACUGCCCAUGUCCGAACGGAGGACUGCAGCCGUUCGAGAGGAACCAGCAGCCGUACGAGAGGAUUCCACAGGGAUGGAACGACGAUUGGUAUGGCCAAUGCGCGGCACUAUCCUUAAGGGAUCGCACGCUGCGCCACGAAGAUGCACAGGAGAUCCUUGAGGUCGUCAGCAAGAAAGUCAAAAUGCCCGCCGAUCAGCUUAUGGCGAUGGACGAGAAAAAGCUUGCAAAGACUGUCAAAGAUGUUCUUCUGGAUAAGUGGGAGAAGGGCGAUAUCUCCGAACCUCUUGUUGGUAAAGCCAAGGGAGCCGUCGAGCACUGUCGGAGCACAUUCGACGAGGGGAGCACCUCGAAAGUGAAAGGAGAAAAGAGAAGACGGCGGCGCACUUCUCAUGGCCGGCUGUCGAAUUCGAGAGGGGAGGACUCUGAAGUAGACGAUGAGCCGCAUCAUUCGCUCGCAAAAGAUCCCUCUCCGGGUUCAACAGCCCACCUUGACUCAAGUAAGUACGGGCAUGGCGACGAGGAUUCGGAUCACGACGCUCCUUCUGGCCACGAGCAAUACGAGAAAAGAUCUGCACACGAUGAGCGCGACACAAGGCAAACCUCGCUUUCGGCAGGCGCCUCCUUUGAUUUGUCGGCCGACGCAGCUCCCGUCACCCGAACGUCAGCUUCAGACCUCGAUCGCUUCGAACACUUUGACAGUGGCGCUCUUGUGCGACGAUUCAAUGAACGCCACCGCACAAUCUUGAAGUAUGCAACAGUUAUCGUGUCAAUCUGCCUCAAGUUACUCUCCAUUAUCUAUCAGACCCGCUUCGGACUCACCAAACCAUCUCCGAACGGAGGACUGCAGCCGUUCGAGAGGAUCCCGCAGGGCUGGAACGACGAAUGGUCACGCCAAUGCGCUGCGCUUUCCUUGAGGGAUCAUGUGCUGGGCGAAGAAGAUGCAAAGGGAUUCCUUGAGGUCGUUAGCAAGAAAGUCAAAAAGCCCGCCGAUCAACUCAUGGCGAUGGAUGAGAAGACCUUUGCCAAGACGGUCAAGGAUGUCCGGCUGGAUGAGUGGAAGGCGAGUGAUUUUUCCGGUCCUCUUACGAAGAAAAGCAAGGAAGCUGUCGAGCACUGUCAAAGCAAGUUCGAUAAGGGGAGCACCUCGAAAGCGAAUGAAAAAAAGGGCAUGGGAAGACGACGGCGGCGCCGUCCGCAUGGGCAGCAUUCGAAUCCAAGAGGGAAAGAUGCUGAAGUAGACGAUGGGGAGCUGCGUCAUUCUCUCACAGAAGAUCCCUCUCCGGGUUCAGUAGCCCACCUUGGCUCAAGUAAGUACGGGCAUGGCGACGAGGAUUCGGAUCACGACGCUCCUUCUGGCCACGAGAAAUACGAGAAAAGAUCUACACGAGAUGAGAGCGACACGAGGCAACCCCUUUCGUCUUCGGUAGGCGCCUCCGAUUUGUUUGUCAGUGUAACACCGGAGGUCCAAACGUCAGCUUCAGACUUCGAGAAGUCCGAUCACUCCCACACCGAAGUCCUUGCACGCCGAAUGUUCGACAGAAACACAUGGGCUGUUCUCGUCGUGUCAUUUCUGCUGGCGAUGUAUGAGCAGGCGAGAAUACUUGACUUCAGCCUCGUUCCCUUACCUCAUCGUGUCGUACCACGCCCACCGUAUCGUUCGAAAUAUGGGUACGGGAAUGUUCAAUUUGGUCGUCAAUGCCUGAAGCUGGCGAGAGAGCACAAAAUUCGCAUGAACAACGAUAUCGACAAGAUCGCCAGCGUCUGUGAAAGAGCGGGUCUUUCUAUCCCAACGGAUUCAGACUUAGAGGAUAACCCAAAGUUGUUGGAGGCUAUUUUCGACGAACUCUUCUCGAAGAUGUACAACAGCGACCCAUUAUCCAUUCCUGAGGAUGUCAAGCAGAAGGGCAAGGAAAUUAGCGAGCUUUGUGAGAAGGAGUUGGAUGUCGCUACAUCAUCCAGUUCGAGCCACGAAAAGAGGCUUCAACACGGCGAAAGCGACAUUACACAUUCCCCUUCGUUUUCGCCAGACGCUCGCAUUGAGUUGAUCGUCAACACAACACCGGUUACCCGAACGGCAGCUAAAGAUGUGGAGAUAUUCGAUCGCACUGACACCGAGAUCCUCGUACGCCGAGAUCGUUGGUCCAACUUAGGGGUGUUCUUCCUCUUCAUUCUGAUGGCCUACAGGAGUAUAUGGCCUUGCAAGGAGUACUACCCGCUUUUCCCCAAGCAAUCUCCGGACAGAGCGUCGCUACCUAACGCGGCCUGCUGGCCAGCUGACUAUGAAACCAACAUCGUCAAAAAAUGUUUGGGAAACACGACAGUGCAACAACUUGUACCCAACGAAGAUCUUGAUGAGAUCGAACGUCUCAUUAAAAAAUAUGGAGGCCCUGAGCUCGCAGCUAAAUACGCUCAAGUGGAUAGCAAGACGCUCGCAUCCAUUGCUCAGGACUUGAAUGCCCAAGCAAAUGACCAAGUCUACAAGCACGUCAAUGAUCUCGUAGAGGCUCGCCCAGAAACAGCCAAAAAAGUCUUCGAGACUUGCCGGAAAGUUAUCGAAGAAGGGGACACGCCUGAAUCGACGAGACAGAUAGUUCAGGGUCCUGACCCGAGACACAACGGGAUCCCCCAUGACGUUUGGUCGACCACUUCCCGUAGUUAUGCUCCUCCUCCCAGCCGUGAAGAAAGAAGCGAUACCAGGCAUCCCCCUCCGUCUUCGGUCGGUGCUACCUUCAACUAUUCAGCUUAUCGUGAUCGCACUCCUUCGUCCAGUAUGACGGAACCCCGCGAUCGCACUCCUUCGUCCAGCAUGACGGAACUCCAGCGCCACGGCGAAAGGCACGAGAAGACUCCAAUCUCUGGUCCAAGCAAGAAGGAGCAUGUAGAGCCCCCUCGGCUUCACUCAGACGACUAUGAGGAUGAGCACUCAAGGCGUAAUCUCGACAGUCUGCAUUCACACGAGCAUUCAGACCGUGCUCAUACCUCGGAAGAGACCGAGCUCAAGCGGCGGCAAGAAAGACCUCAAGAAAGGCCCCUGUCUCUUCGCUAG